AUGGUGUCAACUGCAGGCCAACCGAAUAACAAUGUUCAAGAGUUUGUGUGCCGUAUAAUGGACCUGAAAACCAGAAAACUGUCUGGCCGAUCGGACGCUGAUGACAUGAAAAACGCAACAGACGCUUUCCGUUGGCUUCGGAACAACUCACCCCGGCUUGACGAUGCCGGCAAAUGCCAACUGUUAGAUUCAGAACUGAUUGAAACCUGUUUAUGGUACUGUGACACUUUUUUUGUCAAUGAGCCGUUGAGCCGCAGUGUAUUGCUACAGUUUUUGGCCAACUUCUCUGUGGGCCAUGAGAGCGCUCAACGCCAGAUAUUUGGAGGUUUCUGCGGCAUAUUAAGACAUUUUAUUGUAUCUUCUGGGGAUUCCAAACUAUUGAACAAUUCGAUGAUGCUACUGUAUAACCUGUGUUUGUGUGAUGUCAACUUCAGAGAGAAUAUCUUAAAAGAUGUUAAUAUAGUUCAACAGAUAAUGACUCAUUGGACUCAAGAUGAAAUUGAAUAUAGUAAAAUAUUUUUAGAUUCAAUCUUCUCCAAUUCAAAAGACUUUUUAUUAGUCUAUACAAAUCUUCCUGAUACUUCUAAAGAUCAUUUAAUGGACAUUAUCUCCAUUUGGCUUGAUUAUUAUCACGAGGAAGUGUCUUUAGAAGUCAUUGUUGUAAUAAAAAACAAUUUUUUUAUCAAUUGUGCCGUAGAAAAAAUAACAAGUCAUGUAGUGAAUGUUCUCGCUAAGGCUUCAAAUAUAGAAAAAUUCAAUUCUGAAAUCAAAAAACACACUACUCUAUUAAAAAAAAUUAUGGAUUUGUUGGUAUUCGUACAUAAGCUUGCCAAGGAUAAUGAUGGUUCAAACAAUGAAUUUAGUCGUGUGAAGGAUCUAUCUGCUCUGUUUGAUUCAGAAAUACAAACACAUAAUAGAUUUUGGUUCAAAUCAGAUCUAAUAAGAUUGAUAGCUAAUAUGUGUUAUAACCACCAAGAACAUCAAAACCUAAUGCGUACUGACAAUAUUAUUCCCAUACUGUUAGAGUGUUGCUCAUUUGAUGCUAAAAAUCCAUUGAUGCGAGAAUGGAGCUUAUUUGCACUUAGAAAUAUUAUGGAAGGAAAUCUGGAUAAUCAAAAUUUUGUGGCUAAUAUAGAUUCUGUUGGAUCCAUUGACACUGAAUCAUCAGUUACACUUACCGAUACACUAAAAAUGGCUUCAAUUAAGAAUUCUAUUUCAGAUAGCGACACUAUGUUUAUCUAA